AUGUCAGGCGAUGGUCAAUGUAUUUUUGGUAGUAUGAAACAAUUACUCUUAGAACAUUAUUCAAUGAUUUAUCAAGUUGUUGUUGCAGUAUUAACAAUUGCCGUUAUCUACAAGGCUUUUUUCAAUAAAAAGAACCUUCCAGUUAGACCAAAGAGAGAUAUUGGUACCUCACCAGCUUCACUUGGUACUGGUGCAGAAAUUGACUGUGUUAAUCCAGCUACAGGUAAAUCAAUGGGUAUCAUCAAAUCAUUAAAAACUGACGAAGUUAAAACUUGUUUAAAAGCUGCUCAAGUCGCUCAAGCCGAAUGGGGUAAAACUUCAUUUGAUGAACGUAGACAAAUUCUUCAAGAUUUCAUUGAUAUGUUUAUUAAAAAUGAAAAUGAAUUAGUUGAAGCAUCUAUGAGAGAUACUGGUAAAACAAGAUUUGAAGCUACUUUUGGUGAAAUUUUAACAAGUUGUGAAAAAUUAAGAUAUUUAAUUCAAAAUGGUGAAAAUGCAUUAAAGACUGAAGAAAGAAAGGUACCAAUGUUAAUGGGUACUAAAGCAGCAAGACUCGAAUAUCAUCCACUUGGUGUCAUUGGUAUUAUUAUUCCAUGGAACUAUCCAAUUCAUAGUAUUAUUUCAGCAGCAGCAGCAGCUAUUUUUUCAGGUAAUGCAGCUUUAGUUAAAGUUUCAGAAUGGUCAACUCAUUCAAAGAUUCUUUUUGAACAUCUUGUUAGAAAAGUUUUAGCCAACAGAGGUCACGAUCCAAAUUUAAUCCAAAUUCUUCCAGGUAUGGGUGAAACUGGUGAAGCUUUAGUUAGAUGUGGUGUCGAUAAAAUUCUUUUCAUUGGUUCACCAGGUACUGGUAAACGUGUAAUGAAAGCUGCUUCAGAUAACCUCACUCCAGUUAUUUUGGAACUCGGUGGUAAAGAUCCAAUGAUUGUCUUUGACGAUGUCGAUUUAGAUUGGGCUCUUGCUGUUGUUCAAAGAGGUUGUUUCAUUAAUUUAGGUCAAAAUUGUAUUUCAUCAGAAAGAGUAUUUGUACAUGAAAAAAUUUACGACCAAUUUUCAAAAUUAAUGGCUGAAAAAAUCAAUUCACUUAAACAAGGUCCACCAGAAGAAGGUCAUUUCGAUUUUGGUUCAAUGACUAUGCCAGCUCAAGUUGACAAAGUCGAACAUUUAGUUAAUACUGCCAUCAAAGAAGGUGCUACACUUUUAGCUGGUGGUAAAAGAAAUCCAGCCUACACCAAAGGUAACUAUUUCCUCCCAACUGUUUUAUCUAAUGUAACUGAAAAGAUGACUAUUUUCAAUGAAGAAGCUUUUGGUCCAGUUUGUACUUUAGUUAAAUUCUCAAAUGAAGAAGAACUCGUUCGUAUGGCCAAUGGCACUGCUUUUGGUUUAGGUUGCUCCAUUCUCAGUACCGAUCUUAAGAGAGCUGAACGUAUUGGUAGCAAAAUCUCCACUGGUAUGUUAACCAUUAACGAUUAUGGUGCUUCAUAUUUAGUUCAAGAUCUUCCAUUUGGUGGUUGCAAAGAAUCUGGUUUUGGUCGUUUCAAUGGUCCAGAAGGUCUCAGAGGUUUCUCACGUGAAGUUUCAAUUCUUACUGAUCGUUAUCCAAUUAAAACACCAGUUCCACGUCUCAUCCGUUAUCCAAUUGAUCCAAAUUCAGUCGGUAUUAUUCGUUCAGCUAUUUAUAUGAUUUAUCAAAGAGGUGUUGCUAACAAAAUUAGAGCCGCCAUUAACUUUACUUCACAAGUUAUCCGUAAUCCAAAAUUAUUAAUGUAA